AUGGCCGACCAGGAUGGAGACAAGAGCGGCUACCGACAGAUCAACAAGGCUUUGAAUAUCUGCGCUUUCGACGACUACCUCAAGGGACAACGAGCUCAUCUACCCCAAAUUCCAGCUGUCGAGCAAUUGACACCGAGAGUGUUACGAGUCCUUGGACAAAAUGCUGGCAAGUUCACACUUCAAGGCACCAACACAUUCAUAGUAGGCAAGGGCCGUGACAGGAUCAUUGUGGACACAUCCGGAGGCGAGGAGGAGUGGAUCGAGCUGAUACAAGAAACUUUGCUGGAUCGCGGGAUCAACAUCACCCAUGUCCUGUUAACACAUUGGCACGGUGAUCACACCGGUGGCGUCCCAGACCUCAUCCGUCUAUACCCCCACCUGAAAGACCACAUCUACAAAAACGAACCCGAGCGAGACCAACAAGCCAUCCAAGACGGCCAAAUCUUUGCGGUCCAAGGCGCCACCAUCCGCGCUCUGCACGCCCCCGGCCACUCUACCGACCACAUGUGCUUCAUCCUCGAAGAAGAACACGCCAUGUUCACCGGCGACAACAUCCUGGGCCACGGCACCAGCGCCGUCGAAGACCUCGGAACCUUCAUGGCCAGCCUCCAAACCAUGGCAGACCAAAACUGCAAAACCGGGUACUCCGCCCACGGCGUCACGAUCGACAACCUCCCCAUCAAAAUCUCGGCGGAGUUGACGAAACUUUUGCGACGCGAGAAGCAGGUGCUCUCGGCUCUUGCGCAGUUCCGGAAGAGGGGGGAGAGGUGUGCGGCUUUGAGGGAUAUUGUGACGGAGAUUUAUGGGCAGGCGCUCGAGGAGGAUACGAGGAGGUUGGCUUUGGAGCCUUUUAUUGAUGAGGUGCUUAGGAAGCUGGCGGGGGAUGGGAGGGUGGCUUUUCAGAAACGGGGUGGGCUGAAGAAGUGGUAUUCUUUGGAGAUGGAAAUGGCUGUGGACGCGAAGGCUGCACAGGUCGCUCAGGCGAGGGCGAUUGCGGUAUGA